ACCCAUAAUACGUUCUGUCGGUGCAGGUGGCUUGCAGGCUGUGGCCGCGAUCGAGACAGGAGAUGGUGACGCGGACCUCGGACAAUGGCGCAGUUCCAGUGCCUCGAGACAACACACGCAAGCAAGUUGUCUCGAUUCUCGUCAUUCAAGGGCAUCCUCGCGACACCCAGGAGACUCGUACUACACAGUUAUGUGCCACCCGGCAGCUCUUCCAUUCGACAGACCUCGUCAGCCACACCUUCGAGCUGGCUGGUACGCGGCCGAAUUGGACCAUCAGGGAGUCAACGAACACGACACAUCCGAGCGAGGGUCCAAGUGUGGUCGGAUCUGUCGACAUCGCCACAAUAUCAUCAAACGCUCAGCAAGAGGAUGCGCUGCUGUCAAUACUGCGAGCUAUGAACGUGAAUCCUGAAUGGGAUCAGCGCAACUGGUUCGACGAUGUGUUAAGAAGAUUGGGAGAGACGUGGCCGACGGAGUUCGCCGACGACAUGAUAGCCCCAUUCCUCGACUACACUGUCAGACUACUCGUCGAUGCGCCAUUGGACUGGAGCACUGAGGCUCCAUGCAGUCGCCGAACGCCCUGGACGACCAGUGACCUUCCAACAAAGGUCACCGAGGGACUGAAAUUCCGAUCGAUAGGCAAAGGAGAGCACCGUCAACGACGAGAGCGCGGCUACGUGCUCGCUGCCAUCGAACUGGCAUUGAGGAGAAAGACAAUAGUGGUGGAUUUAAUGCAGUUGCGGGAAGCUGUCUCAUGGUGUGAUGGCACUUGGACGCAGCGAUGAGUUCUGCGGCGAGAAGACGUUUUUGCCUGAGGACCAGUGCUUGAACAUUAGUGCCCAGCCAGUCCGGUGCAGCGCACUUUAUAGCCAGGUCGGGAAUUUGCUCUCGAUUGGUGGGAAGUAAUGGGAGGUCAUCAUGAUGUCCGGAUCGCAACAAGAAAC